GCUGCCAUGUUAAGCCAAUUUCUUUGGGAAAAAAUCAAACAAAUAAUAGCCACAAUAGUAGAAAAGAAGAGCUGAAAAGAGAAAGAUCAAGAAAAUUUUGAUUGUUAGCCAGCAAGAUGGCAAUUUCUGUUUCAAAGAAGAAAGCUAAGAUUAACAAAAGAGUUGAACCUAAAGAACUUAGCUUUCUUUUCUCUUCUUUCUUAGCUAAACUUUUCUUCAGAAUACCAACUAUAGUCCUCAUCUUGAUUCUCAUCUUCUUAUGGUCCUCUUCUACUACCAUUAUUUCUGGUAAAGUUGUCCAUAUCUGCGUCUCAUCUCGCAAACUCAACAAUCUUUAUUGCAUUUCUGCUGGCACUGAACCUAAUCUUGACACCCCGAGUUCGCUUCUCAAUGGCACUUCCCCUUCCAUUUUAGUUGAUACGAAGCAUACCCCGUCAAAUGUUGUCGAUGUUCUGCUAAAAGAAUCUAGUCGUCUUGGCAUUCCAACGCCAAUGGUCAAUGAAAGUUCCACAUCCACUAAUAAUGUUGUCGAUGAUCUGCUAAAAGAAUCUAGUCGUCUUGACAUCCCAACACCAAUAGUCAAUGGAAGUUCCACAUCAACUGAUAAUGUUGUGGAUGUUUUGAUACAAAAGUCUAGUUCUCUUGACAUCCCAAUUUCGCGUGUGAACGAGAGUUCCACAUUCACUCCUAGUGAGAAACAAGAAAGUACAAGUGUAUCUGUUAAUUCUAUUGCAGGAAAUCAAAUUCUUGCUUUCAGAAACAACAUGGUUAAAAGUGGUGAUGAGGAACUAGAGAUGGCUUACAAUGAUGUAGAGGAUCAAUUGCAGGUGCAUCGUUCGUGGGCUGCAACGAGCAAAAAUCAUACAACAUGUGAUGGCAGGGGAAUUUAUGUGUAUGAAUUACCAACAAAAUUCAACAAAGACUUGGUAGCUCAAUGUGCAGAUAUGAUUCCUUGGGUCAAUCUCUGCAAGUACUUCAGCAACGAUGCAAUGGGCGAAUCGAUACAGAAACUUGGCAAAGGGUGGUACCAAACACAUCAGUAUUCAUUGGAGCAGAUAUUUCAUUCGCGCGUUAUGAAUCAUCCUUGUAGAGUAUAUAGUGCAGAUGAAGCUAAGCUAUUUUAUGUGCCUUUCUAUGGUGGAUUGGAUAUCUUGAGAUGGCAUUUCAAGAAUGUCUCGAACGAUGUCAAGGACACGUUGGGACUAGACCUUGUAAGAUGGCUAGAGUCGCAAAAACAUUGGUUUCAAAAAUCAGGUAAUGAUCAUGUCUUUGUUUUAGGAAAAAUUUCAUGGGAUUUCAGAAGAUCCAGUGACACAAAAUGGGGGAGUAGGUUCUUGGAACUAGACGAAAUGCAGAAUCCGGUUAAGCUCUUGAUUGAACGACAACCUUGGCAUGUUAACGACAUAGGAAUACCUCAUCCUACUUAUUUCCAUCCACAAUCGGACGAUGAUAUAAUAAUGUGGCAGCUCAAGAUCAUCAAGUCAAAUCGGAAAAGCCUCGUGUCCUUUGCUGGUGCAGCUAGGCCUGGUGCACCAGAGAACAUAAGGUCAAUGUUGAUCAACCAAUGCACUUCAACUAAAGAUGAAGAAUGCAAAUUCUUGAAUUGUAACUCAGGUAAAUGUGACCAGCCCGAGUCGAUAAUUGAGCUAUUCAUGGAAUCUGAAUUCUGCUUGCAGCCUCCAGGUGAUAGUCCAACACGAAAAUCAGUUUUCGAUUCGUUAAUAUCAGGUUGUAUUCCUGUGAUCUUUGAUCCCUUUACCGCGUACUAUCAAUAUUCAUGGCAUUUACCAGAAGAUCAUAGAAAAUACUCAGUUUUCAUAGAUCAAGAAGAUGUGAGAAAUAUGAAAGUCAAUGUUGUUGAGAGGCUUAUGCAAAUUCCAGCUAAAGAAAGAGAGAAUAUGAGAAGGUACAUAAUAUAUGAGUUGUUACCUGGAUUAGUGUACGGAGAUCCAAAGUCUAAGAUGGAGAAAUUCCAAGAUGCAUUCUCUAUAACUAUAAAUAAUCUGUUUGAAAGAUUGAAUAAAUUGGAAUUAUGACUGACUGACAAUAUAGAUAUGUUACAUGUAGACUGUCAAUUUUUGUUAUUUCUAUUUAUUUAUUUAUUUUUGAGAAUUAAUAAAU